AUUUGUAGAGUUAUGUUUACUUUAAAACGGAUGUAGUUUCGUCAUUUACGAGUAAUGGUUAUGUUACGGUUGUAUUAUGAAGAUAAUGAAAACAGAGAAAAAAUACGUGUAGUACGUGUUCGUGGAAACUAUGAAAGUGGGAAAAUCGAUACAAUGAUAGACAUGAUUUUCGCUUUCAUUGAUUGAACAGUCCAAGGGAUUUAAAUCUCUAUCUGAUUCCGACAUAUACAGAUACGCAAAACAUCGGUGUGGCACAACCUUAAGAAACACUGCAACUGAUCGCCGGGCGGUAUCAGAUGGGAAGCAUGAGCAGAUGGUUAGACGUAGAAGCAGGAGCGGAUGAUAUAGAUAUUAAUACAUUGCCUUCCAAUGUUACCUUUUCGGAUCUGCAAAAUGAUAAUGAGGCUAAACUUAUUAUUGGAGAUUUCGGAAGGAGUGAUGAUGGCCCUAGACUUAAAAUUUUUAAAGGCGCCAUGCAGAUAUCAGACUUGACUUUACCAGAUCUACCUUUGGGGGUAGUCAGUUUUUAUGCUGUUGAAACAAAUCCUCGUCCUCAACCUGUAAUUGCUGUUGCUUUCAGUUCCUCCGUAUACUUUUAUAGGAAUCUGAAAUUGUUUUACAAAUAUUACCUACCUCGUGUCGAACUCAAUGCCGGCGAAUUAGAUACUUGGAAACAGCUUACAAAUCCAUCUAACCAUAAAGAAGAAACAAUCCUAAAACUCACAGAGAGCCUACACAACAUACCGCAUAAAGUGUUAAGUAUACAAUCUAGAAACUUUCUAGCACUCACAUUGGACGAACAGCUGGAAUACUUGGAAAAUACUCAUGAGUUACCAAAGAAGAAAAACGGAGAAAUUGUUUGCAUUUCAACCAUCAGACUCUCUUCAGUUGAUAAACGUGCAGUAAGCUGUCUGGUUCUAGGUACAGAGGAUGGAGAGAUUAUCGUGUUGGACUCCCAGACGUUUACACAAACAAAUGUGGUUAAUAUAAGUCCUGUUAAGAAAACACCGUUUCAAAUAGUAACGACCGGAGUAUACAAUGUGGAUUACAGAAUAACUGUCGCUACCAGGGAGAGAAGUGUUUGUUUGCUGAAAAGAGACUGGAAAGAGGGACGUACUUUAUUCAAUACUGACGACCACAUUAUUGCUAUUGAAGUUUUUGCCACAGAUAAUACUAUUUUGGUUAUAUGCGCCGACAAAACCUUUUCUUGUUAUAACCGUAAGGGUAGGAAACAAUGGUCCUUAAGCCUAGACCAUCGCCCUAUUUGUCUUUCUCUUGUCCCAAUAUCUCACUUGGGCAUGACGCUAUCCGCGGUGGCGCUCGUAUCCGGCCACGUGACACUCUAUGACGGCAAAUAUCCUAGAGAUAAUAUAUUUAUUAGAGAUGUUGUCUCCGUCAUGAAGUUUGGUCAGCUCGGUCAAGAGGAGCAUGUUUUUACUAUCAUAACAACAAAUGGCCAUCUGCUGUUGAAAAUAUUAAAACGAACGGCUGACUUCAAUUCUAACUCCACGGGGAUUGAAACGUCUGAAUCUAGUAUCGGUCAGAGACCGUGGCUCAUACCUAAGAAAUCGAAACUGUUCCUGGAACAGGCUGUGAGGGAAAGAGAGAAUCCUAAAGCUAUGCAUGAGGCGUUCCAGUAUGAAUUGAACCGUCUACGUUUAUUAACGGCUCAGACCCUCUUGGAGGCGUAUAGGAAGUCGGAUAACUUCGUUGGAACCGGCAAUAUGGAACCCAUAAGAUUAUCCGCUGAGGUGGAAGGACUAGGUCCCGUGUUUGUGGUGACCUUGAUAGUACACAACACGUGCUCCGAGCGCGCCGUCUCCGGCCUCGCCGUGUUGUUCCACGUCAUCUCCACUGGAUACAGAGUCCAUACACCAUAUAUCAAGGUUCCACUGAUCGCACCGGGAAAUCAGUUGAAAUUUCCAAUUAAAGUUGAGGAAAUAUUCAGUGAGAACGUGAACCCGGAUGUAUUUUUUCGUAAUGUGACGGGUCAGGCGGGGGAGGGGUCAGUCAUUAAAGUGUUACUUUUGAAGAAGGGAAAAGUAAGCCCAGUUCUCGCAGCGACAGUGACCAUGCCUCCCACUGACCCCAUGAUGAUACCGUACGAUAAGCUUCAGACCUCCAACUUUGGACAGAACUCAUCGCAAAAUUAAUAAUUUCUACUAUUAAUGCCGAGUUUGUAAUGGAAGCUAUAACAUUCUCUAUAUAUAUGUUGAAGGUUGCAACAUGACGAAGUAGGAUUUACAUUUUAUAGUUCGUUUUUGUUGGGUGAAGCACAUAGUAUCCCACUCCCCAAUACCCGUAGUGUCACUACUAUUUUUGUUUUCUAAGAUUCCUUACAUCAUUCAGUAAAUACGAAAUCUUUAUAGUCUCAAAUGAUGGCCACAGGUGAGGGUCGUUUAUGUAAAGUAUCUGAUAUCAAACGGAUGAGGUAACAGCUUGGAAGUGCGAAAAAAAGAUAUUUUUACGUCAAAGUAAUUUCUGGUAAACAUUUUGCUGAGGAUUUCGAAUAUAUAACAUUAAUUUUUCUAAAUUUAUAAAUAUUUUAGUACAAGUGAUAUGUUUGUAUAGUUAUUGUGAUUAGGAAGGAUAAAUAGGAUUAAACAUUACCUUUUAUUACGAAACCGAUAUUUUUUUUACAUCGCUACCUUAUGACCGACAGUUGCUUGAAAGAUAACUUACUUAAAAUAAUUUAUUACACAGCAGUUAAUAAUUUUUACGAUCGUUGUAAAUUAUACAUCGUAAACUAGUGAAGCGUAAGUCCUGAUUAACGAGGAUGUUAUGAGGGAAGUACUUUAAUAAAAACGUUUUAACUAAAUCCUAUAGGAUUAGAUAAAAUGUUUAAUUUAGGAAUCUUUAGAGCUAGAAUAACAAAGUCUAUUAUUUUAAUAAGUCUUUAAAAUAAACGAUUUUAGAAUCUUAAUUGUGAGCAAGACGAAAAAAUAGAAUAACCGAAACCAUUGCUUGAACAGUUAGAAAAUAUUUAAAAACCUUUACUGCUAAAUGCUUUUUAUUUUGACAUAACUCAUAAGUAAGCCGAAAUUAAAUCAACCAAACCAAAGUUUUUACUCAGACACACUGUUAUACUAAUAGUUUGUGUGUUAUAUUAGUGGUAGUAAAUUAAAGUAAGUAGUAUAAAAAAAGCUGUUGUGUCUUUUAAAACUUUGUACAGAAUCAUUACUUUAUUAAAAUAAAAUAUAAUUUUUGAGCAAUCUUGUUCGUAA